AUGCAGUCGGGAAGCAAUGUGCCAGCCGCUCCGUCGGGCGCUGCUGCCGACAUCACCAGCGACGUCGAAGGCGAGCAGAUAACGUCGUCCAAGGCAAGCUUCGAGGACGCGCCUCAGGAGCAGGUACCUAGUACCUCGCAUUCGGGAAAAAGCCAUCCAUCCGAAGACAGAGCACCAAGUGAGGAUGCCGGGGUCGACAAUGGCAGCAAACCUGGCUCGCAAAAAGCGCCCAGCAGAAAACCAUCGCGUGAAGGCGAGGGAAGUCGGGCAGCCGUCGUGGCGGGAUCGCAACCGGGAAGCCGGGCGCCGUCGAACAAAGCGCCCUCGCAAGCAGGCAGUCGGGGCGGUUCGCAGCAGGGCAGCAGGAGAGGAUCGCAGGAAGCCGCGGUAACCGGCGAGUCCGCACCAGGAGGACCGGUCGCCGACGCUCCCACCGCAGCCUCGGAUGCGGCCAUUGCCCGAGAGCGGGGCCCUGGUGACGAGAACCGCGAGGCGUUCCGCGAUUCCACCAUCACCGCCGUUAGCGAGAGCACGGCGCAGAUGCUCGGGCGGGAUGGUGUGCCCAAGACAACGACUGACCCGUCAACCCCUGGAGUUCUUGCCGGCAUUGGCGAGGACGGCCCCGAUGAUGACGAACUCGAGCCGUUGACCAAGUACGUCGAUUGGACAGAACACAUCUCCAUCUCCAUUGGCCCCUUUGUCAUCCUCUUUUUCGAUCUCGCCUUGCCGGUCUGCAUCUACUACAGUUGGCUGCGUGCACGACGCAACGACCGCCGCGCCGCCUGUCAGGGUGCGUACGAUGCGGGCGUGGAGUGCGGGUUACCUCCCGUGCAGACGAUUGAGAGCAGAAUCCUCGGUUUUGCCAUUAUUGCUUUCGGUUUCGGCGAAGUGUACAUCCUCGUGGUGCGCGUGUACCGCCUCAUUGCUCGCUGGGAAGAAUGCGCGCCGCUGCUUUCCAAGCACUGGUGGGAGUUGGACGCCACGACCUGGGUGUACACCCUCGGCCUCAUUGCGGCAUUGGUUCCAUUUGUGUGCUCGACGACGGUCUACGAGCCUUUUGUCGUCGAGUGGCUGUACCUGUACGCUCCCGCCUUCAUGUUCAUGGUCCUGGACGUCAUCGCCUUCUUGACGUUGAUCCCGAUUAAAAUACCGUUCCGCAUCAACUCGGACCCGAAAGGCUCGCGACUCAAGCCCAUCGUCUACUACGCGGCCGAGGACUUCUUCGCCGUCGACGGAGCGCAGAACCGGGAAUUCCGCAAGAAGUACGUUGAGCGGUACGAGAAGUCAAUGAUGUUUCGCAAGAUGAUUCUAGAGUUGACCUUGUUCUGGAUCGGCGGGUGCACAUGCUACAUUGGCUACGUGGCGGCCAUGAUCUGGAACCUCGAAUUCGAACGUGCCUUUGGCUCCACGUUGGGUGUCCUGUUUGGGUGGAUCAUAAUCUGGGGUGUCUCUGCGAGGUUUUGGAUCGAAUACGCAAUCAAGCGAGAACAGAAAUGGUGGAAAGAGAGUAAGGCCGAAAGAGAGGCGGCCAAGCUCCAAUGA